AUGGCGGUCGUCACUUUAGGACUUAAAUUUCUCGUAGACUUUUUGGACAAAUUUGGUCUCAUUUACAAGAGGGAAGUCGGAUCUUUCUUAAGCUAUAAGCUCGAUAAACAUCAAAUAAUCCUUCCUCCGCCAACACCUCAUGUUACGAUAGAUCCAUCGCACAUUGAAGGGAAAAGGGUACUUUUCAUAGGAGAUGUACAUGGCUGUUUUGACGAGCUCAAAGAGCUGUAUGACAAAUGCACAGUGCCUGACCAGGAGACUGUUUUGGUUUUUGUGGGCGAUCUUGUAUUCAAGGGACCAAAAACAAUAGAAGUCAUCCGUUUUGCGCGAGAGACUGGCGCGUUUGCUGUGCGAGGAAAUCAUGAGCAAUCAAUUUUGGCAGAAAUUCUCCAUAAGCGGAUGAAUGAACCAGUGAGAGAAAAACGCAAGUUUGUUUUGGAUCUGUCUCAGGGAGACGAGGAGUUUCUAGAGAAUCUCCCGUAUUCUAUCAGCAUUCCUUCAUUGAAUGUAAUUGUCGUGCAUGGAGGCUUGCUUCCUGGGGUGCCAUUAGAGAAUCAAGACCCCCUUGGUAUCAUGUUUAUAAGGAAUUACCAACCGGAGAAAUUCAAAGGCACUUCAAAAAUAGAGGAUGGAUAUCCCUGGGCGUCCGUAUGGAGUGGACCUCAGCAUGUUGUAUUUGGACAUGAUGCACGGCGAGGACUGCAGUUAUAUAAAUUUGCUUCAGGCAUUGAUUCUGGAUGUGUGUAUGGAAAUCAUUUGACCGGUAUCCUGGUUAAGGAUGGGGUUUGGGACAACAGGGAAUUAAUCCAGGUCAAGGCAAAGCAAAAGUAUACUCCAAAAGACUGCUGA